AUGGAGACCUAUAUCCAGGAGAUGGCUAAUGAGAAUGUCCUACCGGAAAUACCCCUAUUCACCUCGCUGAGCUGCUGCUUCAUGCUCCUGCUCCUCGUCGUGGGCGGCCUCUUUGUCUAUAUCACCGAACACAAUUGGGAUGAUAAUACGACGAUCCAGCGGAGAUAUAUCAGCGUUUGCAUGGUGAUGCUGCUCUCCGCCUUCCUGAUAUACUCAUCACCGUACAUACCAAAAUAUUUGGGAAAUGGCUUGAGGGGAUUAUGGGAAGUGGUGCCAUUAUCCUAUGCCUCCACCUCGAUUAUACUUCUGGGCCCAAUUCUGGUUAAUCUACAAAAUGUCUUGCAUAUCUGA